UUGAUCUGCUGAGUCAACUAAAGAUGGGGGAGCAAGGUGGUUGGCUGGAGGCUAACAGAGGAGACUGGGUAGCCAUCUUAGAUUCCCCCUACCAGGAAGGUGCAGCCAAGGGGCCUGGGGACAACAUCACUGAGCAGGCGAGGACCAGAGGCGACAUAGUGGAAGUCAGUGGAUGGGACAGCGUCCUCAACUCUGGGCUGGGGAACAACACUGUUAACCACAACCAGAAACAGACAGUCGGACACAAAACAAUGUCCGAACUUAGUCUCCAUGACAACAGACUGGCUGAGACCAGGGCGAGGCGUAGAUUUGGAGGUGUCCCUAUUCGGCUGGCGAGAACAGACACAGACUCGGCUAGCGAUGCUCCAUCCUGCUCCUAUAGUUGUGAUUCAGAGAGACUGAUGGCGCUUCAGGUUAACCCCGUAACAGGUGCUGCCUUCAGCCUGCCUUCUAUAGGAUCUAUCAACUGGAACAUGGACCCUGCGACAACACAGACACUCCCUGGCCUUCGUCCUCCUCACACUCUGCUAAUGUUAAACCAGACCUCAGACAAUGCCAGUGCCUCAACACUAAAUGGCUACACAAGCCCAUUGACAACUGAGAGUAGUAGAGAUGGAAUCAGUAAAGGUGGCAGCGCCAAGGAGAAGCGCUUCCCGUGUUCGUUCUGUGGGAAAGCCUUCAGUUUCCCCAAACAGGUGGAGAUCCACCAGAGGAUGCACACGGGGGAGAAACCAUUCGGCUGCCAACUGUGCCGGGCCAGUUUCUCCGAUUCGUCCAACCUGAAGAGGCACCAGAGGGUCCACACAGGGGAGAAACCCCACAGCUGCCCCCAGUGUGAGAAGAGGUUCUCCCGCCAGGACCAGCUGAAGAUGCACCUGAAGGUCCACACGGGAGAGAGGCCGUUCGCCUGUACGCACUGUGGGAAGAGGUUCUCAGAGAGGAGCUACCUCAGAAUACACCAGCAGAAAAUGCACAUGGCCCAUGUAUAGAGUAUAGUGACAUGUAAUGUAGUAUUAGUAAGUUUGUUAAUUCUGUUGGUGUUGGAUGUAGAAGGAACUGGAUGUGUUGAACUGAGGAAAGAAUUAGUAGAUGAAAUGGUGGUGAUGGUGUCUGUAAAAAUGCUUCACUGAUGAAAAGGGACAACCUUGUCCUGUUGUUUGAAUUUUGGUGUUUUAUAAUGAGGAAAUGUUUACUUGACAUGAAGCUGUGUGUAAUGUAAUGUUAAACCUUUUCCAAAUUAUUCUAAAAUGAAUUUGAUCAAAGUGAGGGUACCAGAUUUACAGAAAAGGUAAAGUGUUACCUUACAAAAACCCUUGAUUUCAAUGUUCAACAAAUCAUACAACUCUUUUUAAUGACUCAUUUUAAAGCAGUCUUUUUAAUUACAUUUUUUUAAUCAUCACUUUGUCUAAUAAUUCACUGUGUGUUUAUUUUUUUAAUAGAAUGCCAAAAUAUAUUUUUUAUAAUUUAUUUCCCUGAGACUCCACCGAAAUGCUUAGUCUGAUCGUGUGGAGAUUAGGAAUCAAAUUUGAAUAUGAAAUGAUAUAUUUACAUACACAGUCCUGAUUGGCUGAUAGGAGGGGUCUAGAUAUCUUCCACAGGUGUGUAGGCUACUUUGUCUUGUCAUCAAAACAAAAGUAAUCUUAAUAUCAUUGUUGUACGUUUUCCAAUAGGUCACCAGAAGAUGCAGGACCAGAACAGACUUUUUGCAUGGUGGACCAUCCUGGCCUAUACCCUAUCUGCCGUGUACUGUAGAUAGAGUGGGGAGAACAAGUAUUUGAUACACUGCCGAUUUUGCAGGUUUUCCUACUUACAAAGCAUGUAGAGGUCUGUC